CUACCCAAGGGCCAUUGAAUAGCCGCUAUCCUCCAGGCCUCCAGCUAAGAUGACAGGAUUUCGUUGCGCGGACUUACUUCCACUUUCUCUUUAUGCUUUUUUCUCUUCAAAAUCAACUUUCAAACUGACCACACGUGUUUCACUGUUGCAGGCGCUUCAACUUGCCGGUUCAAGUAGCUAUUUGUUUUAGAUUUAAAGGAGUUAAAGAAAACUAUUUGAAAUGGGGGAAAAGUUAAACUACAAAGUUGCCGACAUUUCGCAGGCCGAUUUUGGACGAAAAGAAAUCAUCAUGGCUGAAAAUGAAAUGCCUGGAUUAAUGGCUCUCCGAAAAAAAUAUGGACCUUCAAAACCUUUAAAGGGGGCCAAAAUUGCUGGUUGCUUACAUAUGACCAUACAGACAGCUGUUUUGAUUGAAACACUUUUGGAUCUAGGAGCUGAAGUACAGUGGUCAAGUUGCAAUAUUUUUUCAACUCAAGAUCAUGCUGCUGCUGCCAUAGCAAAACGAGGUGUGCCAGUAUUUGCCUGGAAAGGUGAAACUGAAGAAGAAUAUAUUUGGUGUAUUGAACAGACCAUUGUUUUUGCUGAUGGUCAGCCUUUAAAUAUGAUUCUUGAUGAUGGUGGAGAUCUCACUGCCUUAGUUCAUGAAAAAUAUCCUCAAUAUCUUUCUGGUAUUCGAGGUAUUUCGGAAGAAACCACUACAGGGGUUCAUGCUUUGUAUAAGUUACUCAAGGAAGGAAAACUUAAGGUCCCUGCCAUAAAUGUCAAUGAUUCUGUCACCAAGAGUAAAUUUGAUAAUUUGUAUGGUUGUCGAGAAUCGUUGGUGGAUGGUAUUAAGCGUGCCACUGAUAUUAUGAUUGCCGGUAAAGUCUGCGUUGUUGCAGGCUAUGGUGAUGUUGGCAAGGGUAGUGCUGCUUCAUUAAGAGCACUUGGAGCUAGAGUUAUCAUUACUGAAAUUGAUCCAAUUAAUGCUUUGCAAGCUGCAAUGGAAGGUUAUGAAGUUACUACAAUGGAAGAAGCUUGUACUAGACAUGCACAAAUUUUUGUGACAACUACUGGGUGCAGCGGUAUUAUUCGUGGUGAGCACUUCAUGGCGAUGAGGAAUGAUUCCAUUGUAUGUAACAUUGGACACUUUGAUUGUGAAAUUGACAAAAAAUGGCUUGAUGCUAAUGCAGUGGAGAAAGUCAAUAUCAAACCCCAGGUUGAUAGGUACAAGCUUUCAAAUGGCAAUCACAUCAUUCUCCUGGCUGAAGGAAGACUAGUCAAUUUAGGUUGUGCAACUGGUCAUCCCAGUUUUGUCAUGAGUAACUCUUUCACUAAUCAAGUGAUGGCUCAGAUUGAAUUGUGGACUAAACCAGAAAGUUAUCCCAUUGGAGUUUACUUUUUGCCAAAGAAGCUUGAUGAAGAAGUUGCUGCUCUCCAUCUUGAACAUUUGGGUGUAAAGCUAACCAAAUUAACUCCAAACCAAGCUAACUACUUAUCACUAAAUCAAGACGGACCUUUUAAGCCAGAUCAUUAUAGAUAUUAGUGAAUUUAAUUUAUUCUAUGAAUAAAGAACAAUAAAUUUAUUUUUAUACAA